AUGUCUCUCCUCCGUGUCUCCACCUCUUCGCUUGCCCGCGUCUCCAAGACCCCCGCCUUUGUCAUGGCUACUCGAGGCUACGCUGACGGCCCGACCGACCAGGCUGGUGCCACCGCUUCUUCUAAGGGCUGGUCCAAACGCGAACAGGCUCAAGAGAACCAGUACGUUCAGCAAGCAGAGAAGGAGAAGCUUGCAAAACUCAGGGAGUCGAUCAAGAAGCAGCGUGAACACCUUGACGAUGUCGAGAACCAGCUCAACAACCUUGACAAGAAGUAA